GAUCACCGGGAUCAGUGCUGGGAUCACUGGGAUUAGUGCUGGGAUCACCAGGAUCAGAGCUGGGAUCACCGGGAUCAGUGCUGGGAGGAUCACCGGGAUCAGUGCUGGGAUCACUGGGAUUAGUGCUGGGAUCACCAGGAUCAGAGCUGGGAUCACCGGGAUCAGUGCUGGGAGGAUCACCGGGAUCAGUGCUGGGAUCACUGGGAUUAGUGCUGGGAUCACCAGGAUCAGAGCUGGGAUCACCGGGAUCAGUGCUGGGAUUAGUGCUGGGAUCACCAGGAUCAGAGCUGGGAUCACCGGGAUCAGUGCUGGGAUUAGUGCUGGGAUCACCAGGAUCAGAGCUGGGAUCACCGGGAUCAGUGCUGGGCUGGGAUCACCGGGAUCAGAUGCUGGGAUCACCGGGAUCAGCACCAGGAUCAAUGCUGGGAUCACCAGGAUCAGCGCAGGGAUCCACGCUGGGAUCACCGGGAUCAGUGCUGGGAUCACCAGGAUCACCGGGAUCAGUGCUGGGAUCACUGGGAUUAGUGCUGGGAUCACCAGGAUCAGAGCUGGGAUCACCGGGAUCAGUGCUGGGAUCACUGGGAUCAGCAGGAUCAGCGCAGGGAUCAGCACAGGGAUCAGAGAUGGGAUUUGA